AUGUCUUACAACACUAUAGAAGUUAACUCACCAGCUCCUUACUUUUGUCUUAACAAACUUGAUAAACAACCUGAAGUCUUGGUUAUCACAGGUGCUAAAAAGAAUGUGCAAGCAAAAAUCGAGAAGGAUAUCAAGAUUCUAACGUCCCACAAUUGUGAUUCUGCUAUUUGUUUGGCUUAUUAUUCGAAUGGGAAAACAUUUCUCCGUCUGCCAACAGAAGCUGUAACGGAUUCUAUGCUGACUAGAGGAGGAUUUAUCAAAUUAGACUGUCCAACUAGUGAGCAGGUAAUAAUUUUAGAUAAAAAGGUCACAGAGUGUAAAGAUUCGAAAGAACCAGCCAUCAUUAUGACAAGUAAUACAUUCGAUCCAGUUUUUUUCGAACAAUUAAAAUUAACCUCAAAUACGACUCUAAAAAUUGAACUCCUAGUUGUCGAUCUGCCUGUCUGUUUAAAAUAUUUGAACGUUUCUCCUGGUUCAUUGAGUUCAGUUGAAAAGUUAUUCCAACUAUUGCAGAAUAGUUUAUCUGACAAGACUAUUGUGAACAUCCUGGUUCUUAACACAAAUUUUGGAACGCAUGGUAACGUACUGUAUUUAGGAGAAACGAGUGAGUUAUUCAAUCUCCAAUCCAACACACCUAUUACUGUUGAUCCAUCCUCGGUAACUACCUCGGUAAUUGCAAACCUUUCACAAGGAUAUGAACUUAAGGAAUCUGUAUAUGGUGCCAUUGAAUUUAUUCAAAAUGCUAAUUUACUUGAGUCAAGUACUGGUACGCCAAAUUAUAUGUAUAAUAUUGAAGUCCCACUCAAACACAUGCUAAAAGAUGAAUGUUUUAAGGCACAUGAAAUGCAAACUGCAAAUUUUGUGAAUCAUACCAGCCCAGUUGGUGAAGGAUUUUUCGAGUAUUUAAUUAACCACUCUCUGGUCAAACCUCAUUGGGAAUCCUACGUUAAUCAUGACUUCGUGAGACAAAUCGCCAAUGGCACAUUGGAUAUUAACAAAUUUAGAUUUUUUAUUGAACAAGAUUACUCAUAUUUGGUUGAUUAUGGAAGAGUGCACUGUAUUGCAGGUAGCAAAUCUCCAGAAUUAGAUAAUAUGGAGGAAGAAUUAGUAAUUGUUGGAAGAAUUAGAGAAGAGAUGGCGCAACAUGAAAAGAGAUUGAAAGAGUUUUUUGGUGUUACUGAUAAUUCUUACUUUAAAAAUAUUAAAAGAGGUCCGGCAUUAAACAAUUACUCAAGAUAUUUUAAUGAUGUCGCAAAAAGAGGCUCAUGGGAGGAAUUAGUAGCUGCAUUGACACCAUGCAUGAUGGGUUAUGGUGUUGCUGCUCUCAAGUAUAAAGGGAAAAUAACAGCCAAGAAAGGAAGUCUCUAUGAAGAAUGGAUCGAUAUCUACUCUUGUAGUAAUUAUGAAGAUGGUAUGAAGAUUGGCCAAAAUCUCUUAAAUCGAAUUGCCAGAACAUCUACACCUGCUCAAAUAGAGAGAUUGGCAAGAAUCUAUGGAGAAGUAUGUGCCUUAGAGACUGAAUUUUGGGAUGCAGCGUUAGCUUAUUAG